GGGGAUGAAGAUGUGAGGUUUAAAGUGUUGUAUUGUGGGAUCUGUCACACUGACCUUCACCGAAUUAAAAACGACUGGGGUGGCUCCAUUUACCCCCUCCUCCCUGGGCAUGAGAUUGUGGGUGUGGUGACUGAGGUCGGGAGCAAGGUUCAAAAGUUCAAAGUUGAGGACAGAGUUGGGGUGGGGUGCCUGGUUGGAGCAUGUCACUCGUGCGAUAACUGUGCCAACGAUCUUGAAAAUUACUGUACCAAAAAGAUACUGACCUACAAUGCCACCUAUAUUGAUGGAACAACCACGUAUGGAGGUUACUCUGAUCACAUGGUCGCUAAUGAGCAUUAUGUGGUCCGCAUUCCUGACAACCUACCUCUUGAUGCUGUUGCUCCUCUUCUUUGUGCUGGGAUCACAACUUACAGUCCCCUGAGAUAUUUUGAACUUGACAAGCCUGGAAUACAUGUGGGUGUGGUGGGUUUAGGUGGCCUCGGCCAUGUGGGCGUGAAGUUUGCAAAGGCAUUUGGUGCUAAGGUGACUGUGAUUAGUACAUCACCUAACAAAAAGAAAGAAGCCAUUGAACAUCUUGGUGCUGAUUCAUUUUUGGUCAGUCGAGACCCUGAUCAGAUGCAGGCUGCCAUGGGCACAUUGGAUGGUAUCCUCGAUACAGUAUCUGCAGUUCACCCCCUCCUACCAUUGUUUGGUCUUCUGAAGUCUCAUGGAAAACUCAUCAUGCUUGGUGCACCAGACAAGCCGCUGGAGCUACCGGUCUUUCCUCUGCUUAUGGGGAGGAAGAUGGUGGCUGGAAGUGGCAUUGGGGGAUUGAAGGAGACGCAAGAAAUGAUUGAUUUUGCAGCUAAACACAACAUAACAGCAGAGAUUGAGGUCAUUCCUAUGGACUACGUGAACACUGCCAUGGAACGUCUUGCUAAAGUUGAUGUCAAGUACCGGUUUGUUAUUGAUGUUGCAAACACCUUGAAAGCUGCCUAGAUUGCCAAUGUAGCUCGUGAACUUUGGCUUGUUUUGAUACUCUCCGAUGGUUGAGAUAUUAAUAUCUAGUUGUUGUAUAGCUUGUACCGAAAUAAAAAUGAGCUCAGGUACUCGUAUCAUCUGUCUUCUAUUGUUGCAAAUUAUGUCGUCUGGCUGAGCUUAAUUUGAUUUUUGUAAGUGAAAUAAUGAGAUAUUUUCUAUUCUUUCUA